AUGGGUCAGUGUCCCUCCCCACCACGGUUAAAUUUUGCAAUACUAAAAUCCGACUCCAAGUCUGCGUUUGACAUUCGGCAUUCUUUGACUUAUGAAUGCCGCCCUGGGUUUGUGAAAAAAAGUUUUAACAUCAUCUGCCUUAAGAAUUCAACGUGGUCAAGUGUGAGUGACAACAUGUGUAAACGUAAAUCAUGCCCAACUCCUGCAGAUCUCCACAAUGGAAAGAUGAAUAUAACAGGCUACGAGUUUGGCUCAACAAUUGAAUAUUCUUGUGAAGAAGGGUACCAACUAAUUGGCUCUUCAUUCAACCAGUGCAUCUUAUCAGAAAAUAUUGUCAUUUGGGAGAACGAACCACCUCAGUGUGAACUUAUUCGUUGUGAGCGACCUCCAGCCAUUUCCAAUGGAAGCUAUCUAAAUAAUAACGACUAUUUUUACUAUGGUACAGUGGUAUCCUAUAAAUGUAACACUGGGCGAAGAGGGGAAAAGCUAUAUGACCUGGUGGGUAAUAAAACAUUACACUGUACUAGCAAAGACAAUAAAGUUGGCAUCUGGAAUAGUCCUCCACCUCGAUGUAUUACUCCAGCUAAAUGCCCGACCCCAGUCAUUGCCAAUGGAAGAAAGGUGUCAGGCUUUGGAACUAGCUACUCAUUAAGUGAUGCUGUGGAAUUGGAGUGUGAUCCUGGCUUUACCAUGAAGGGCAGCAAAAUAGUUCAAUGCCAGACUAACAGCCAAUGGGCACCUGCAUUGCCGGUGUGCUUCAAGGGGUGUCUUCCACCUGUGGAGAUUUCCCAUGGUAAAAGCAACAAGAUCAAGGACCAUUUUUCCUUUGGAGAAGUUGUGUCCUAUGUUUGUGAUCCUGGAUACUUUCUCAUUGGAACUACUUCCAUUACAUGUAUAGAGCCUGGGAAAUGGAACUACAAAACUCCUGAGUGUGAAGUGAAAUCAUGUGGGGACUUCCCGGACAAACUUCCUAAUGGCCGUGUUAUUUCUCCCCAUCCAUCCCACCUUGGGACAAAUGUUUCCUUUGUUUGUAAUAAGGGGUUCUGGUUAAAUGGCAGCUCCUCUAGUACAUGUAUCUUAGAUGGAAUGACAGUCUCUUGGAGUAAAAAGGCGCCUGUCUGUGAACCUAUUGUUUGUGAUUCUCCUCCUCCUAUCGAAAAUGGUAGGCUUCCACCCCAGGAUGGGAAUAAAUUUCCCUACGGGACUACAUUCAGUUAUUCCUGUUACAAGCAAUUCCGUAUCAUUGGAGCCAAAACUACUCUUUGCACAAGUGAAAAUCAAGUGAAUGGAGUCUGGAGUAUACCUGCCCCUCGGUGUGAAGCUUACAGUAAAACUACUGUUUGUUCUGAGCCAAAAGUCCUAUGGAGACAUCUAAAGUUGAGGUCCCGACCUCCAUAUCGACAUGGUGAUACUUUGAUAUUUGCCUGUGAUACCAACUUUACCUUAAAAGGUUAUAACACUCUGUGGUGCCAAGCAGAUAAUACAUGGGGACCAUCACCAAUGCCAACAUGUGAGAGUGAUUGUCCGUCGCCUCCCAUGAUCCCUAAUGGGUGGCAUACAGAUGUCCACAGUGGGCCAGUUGCUCCUGGAUUGUCUGUGACUUAUAGCUGUGAACCUGGCUACUUGCUUAUAGGAGAAAAGACCAUUCACUGUUCAUCUUUAGGAGUCUGGAAUGCCACUGCUCCCAAGUGUAAAGAGGCACUGUGUGAUCCUUUAAUAAAAUUCCCCAAUGGGCAGGUAGAGGAACCUUCACAUCUUCAGAUUGGGGCAGUCAUGACCUUUUCCUGUAAUAAGGGGUACCACUUACGGGGCCAAGCUUCUAGUCAGUGUGUGCUUGCUCCAGAGGGUGCUGUUUGGACCAAGAUUCCAAUCUGCAUAGAAGUCGUUUGCUCUCCUCCUGCUGUGAUUGAAAAUGGGAAAUAUACGGGUAGCUCUGGAGAUUACAUUCCAUAUGGAACCAAAGUAAUUUAUGAGUGCAACGCUGACCCAGAAAAAGGCAUGAAAUUCAACCUGGUUGGAGUGAGCACCAUCCACUGUACAAGUGACCGAGAGGGCAAUGGGAUUUGGAGUGCAGCUGCCCCUCGGUGUGAGCUGUCUGCUGCUUCCAUUCAGUGCCUGCCACCCAGUGUUCCAAAUGGCCAGAAGAUAUCUGGACAGGGGCCCCCAUAUUUCUAUAAUGACAGUGUGACCUUCCAGUGUAACUUUGGCUUCACCCUGAAGGGCAGCGGUCAGAUCCGCUGUGGCGCCAAUGGCACAUGGGAUCCUGAAGCGCCAAUCUGUGAAAAGGCAUGCCAGCCCCCUCCUGAGAUCCCCCAUGGGCAACACACAGUCAGGAAUGUGGGACUUUUGGAGCCUGGGAUGUCUGUAAACUACAGUUGUGAUCUUGGCUAUUCACUAAUAGGAGAAGAGACCAUUCACUGUACUGCUGAAGGAGUCUGGAGGCCCGUUGUACCUCACUCAAUCCUGUGCCCUCCUCCUCCUGUGAUUGAAAAUGGGAAAUAUAUGGGCAGCUCUGGAGAUUACGUUCCAUACGGAACCAAAGUAAUUUAUGAGUGCAACGCUGACCCAGAAAAAGGCAUGAAAUUCAACCUGGUUGGAGUGAGCACCAUCCACUGUACAAGUGACCGAGAGGGCAAUGGGAUUUGGAGUGCAGCUGCCCCUCGGUGUGAGCUGUCUGCUGCUUCCAUUCAGUGCCUGCCACCCAGUGUUCCAAAUGGCCAGAAGAUAUCUGGACAGGGGCCCCCAUAUUUCUAUAAUGACAGUGUGACCUUCCAGUGUAACUUUGGCUUCACCCUGAAGGGCAGCGGUCAGAUCCGCUGUGGCGCCAAUGGCACAUGGGAUCCUGAAGCGCCAAUCUGUGAAAAGGCAUGCCAGCCCCCUCCUGAGAUCCCCCAUGGGCAGCACACAGCCAGGAAUGUGGGACUUUUGGAGCCUGGGAUGUCUGUAAACUACAGUUGUGAUCUUGGCUAUUCACUAAUAGGAGAAGAGACCAUUCACUGUACUGCUGAAGGAGUCUGGAGGCCCGUUGUACCUCACUGUAAAGGUGCUUGUGGUGUUGACUUUGUUCUUUGGUUGUUUCUGACAUUUCCAAGCCCAGAUAUUUCCUUCAGCUAUAAUGACAGCUGCCACUGUGUUUCUGGAGCCAUUGCAUUACAACAAUUUGGCCAUCCCAAGGAAUGCUUAACAGUGGAAUUUUUCCUCUCUAAAGUUGUGGCUUCCCUUCACUCCUUCAUUGGAAGUGCAAGAGCAGGUUGUCUCCCACCUUCCUUUAGACCUAGUCUUCACCACAGGAGCUGUCCUUGGUUUAGUGUCCAAGAUUGUCACAGAAUCCUGGAGUUUCCAUCUCUCUUUUCUCUAGCAAUCCUGUGCCCUCCUCCUCCUGUGAUUGAAAAUGGGAAAUAUAUGGGCAGCUCUGGAGAUUACGUUCCAUACGGAACCAAAGUAAUUUAUGAGUGCAACGCUGACCCAGAAAGAGGUGUGAAAUUCAACCUGGUUGGAGUGAGCACCAUCCACUGUACAAGUGACCGAGAGGGCAAUGGGAUUUGGAGUGCAGCUGCCCCUCGGUGUGAGCUGUCUGCUGCUUCCAUUCAGUGCCUGCCACCCAGUGUUCCAAAUGGCCAGAAGAUAUCUGGACAGGGGCCCCCAUAUUUCUAUAAUGACAGUGUGACCUUCCAGUGUAACUUUGGCUUCACCCUGAAGGGCAGCGGUCAGAUCCGCUGUGGCGCCAAUGGCACAUGGGAUCCUGAAGCGCCAAUCUGUGAAAAGGCAUGCCAGCCCCCUCCUGAGAUCCCCCAUGGGCAACACACAGUCAGGAAUGUGGGACUUUUGGAGCCUGGGAUGUCUGUAAACUACAGUUGUGAUCUUGGCUAUUCACUAAUAGGAGAAGAGACCAUUCACUGUACUGCUGAAGGAGUCUGGAGGCCCGUUGUACCUCACUCCAUUGCAUUACAACAAUUUGGCCAUCCCAAGGAAUGCUUAACAGUGGAAUUUUUCCUCUCUAAAGUUGUGGCUUCCCUUCACUCCUUCAUUGGAAGUGCAAGAGCAGGUUGUCUCCCACCUUCCUUUAGACCUAGUCUUCACCACAGGAGCUGUCCUUGGUUUAGUGUCCAAGAUUGUCACAGAAUCCUGGAGUUUCCAUCUCUCUUUUCUCUAGCAAUCCUGUGCCCUCCUCCUCCUGUGAUUGAAAAUGGGAAAUAUAUGGGCAGCUCUGGAGAUUACGUUCCAUACGGAACCAAAGUAAUUUAUGAGUGCAACGCUGACCCAGAAAGAGGUGUGAAAUUCAACCUGGUUGGAGUGAGCACCAUCCACUGUACAAGUGACCGAGAGGGCAAUGGGAUUUGGAGUGCAGCUGCCCCUCGGUGUGAGCUGUCUGCUGCUUCCAUUCAGUGCCUGCCACCCAGUGUUCCAAAUGGCCAGAAGAUAUCUGGACAGGGGCCCCCAUAUUUCUAUAAUGACAGUGUGACCUUCCAGUGUAACUUUGGCUUCACCCUGAAGGGCAGCGGUCAGAUCCGCUGUGGCGCCAAUGGCACAUAUCCUGAAGCGCCAAUCUGUGAAAAGGCAUGCCAGCCCCCUCCUGAGAUCCCCCAUGGGCAGCACACAGCCAGGAAUGUGGGACUUUUGGAGCCUGGGAUGUCUGUAAACUACAGUUGUGAUCUUGGCUAUUCACUAAUAGGAGAAGAGACCAUUCACUGUACUGCUGAAGGAGUCUGGAGGCCCGUUGUACCUCACUGUAAAGAAGUGAACUGUAGCCUCCCAGAGUUCAUAAUUGGUGCCCAGAGUGUGUCAACUAAAAAAAUAUAUAAUUUUGGAGCUAUCUUUACUCUGAAGUGUGAUGAAGGGUAUAUGCUAGAAGGCAGUCCUCAGAGCCAGUGUCAGGAAGAUCAUAGAUGGGACCCUCCUUUGGCAGUCUGUAAAUCACUAAAUUUUUCUUCCCUUCUAGGCUCCCAUGUUCCUGUUGUUCUCAGUGGCAUUCUUUUGGGUACAAUACUUCUUAUUCUGUUUGUUGGUAUCACAUUGGCAAUAAUAUCAAAACACAAAGAAGGCAAUUAUUAUACUAAUGAAAAUUGUAAAGAAGUAGCUAUCCAUUUAGAGGCACAAGAAACAUUACAUAGUGAUCCUUACAGCCUUGCAACUUAACUAGAAGACUAACAGUUGUCAUCGAAAUGCUGUGAAACUGGACAGUGAUCUUGGAAUGCAGCUUUAACUUUAAUUGGAAAGAAACCACUAUGCUUAUGAAAGGUGCACCCACAGGACAUCAGACAAAGUCUUAGAAUUGAUUUUACAGAGAUGCAUCUUUUAUCAGAACUUGAAAUUUCAGAUGGAACAAAGCAAGGCUGCCUUAUGAUGAUGGAAAUGGAAUUCCAUUGCUAUUUUCCUCCCAGUGACUUUAAGAAGUACUGUCCAUGCCUGGUAUCUUGCCAGGAUGUAGCUACAAACACUUGAAGACUUCUGAAGCUUACACAUUUUUCAUAUCAACUCUUAUUAGAAGUUUCCUUUUGUUUUUUAAAAGUUGGGCUAGCUUUCAACCUGGCCAUUCUCUUUGCUUUUGUUACCAGCAUACUGACUGUUAUUUGCACACUGGACUUGAGACAUGGUUUUAAUUUUUAGAGAAAGAUGAUGAAACCUUUUUUCUAGCUAUAUUUGAAUUUGCUCACUUAGAAAGCAGCCUUUCUUUAAAAAAUUAAAUGAUGUUUAAAACUUUAAUUUUCAGUUA